AUGUCAGCUCAGUGUCGUGCAGCCCGGCUUGAGGAAGCCCGGUUGCGGUAACGGCUACCGCGUUCUGCAGCUUCAGGUCAGCUUCGUUCAACAACAGAAUGAACACUAUCAGCUGAGAGUGGCUGAAAGACGCCAGCGAGGAACAGCAGACAAGCGUUAAACACGACUCCGUGUUCAGCAUUCACGCUGCGUGAUGCUGCUGUGAACUUGGUAUGACAACAACCGUUGGAAGACUAACGAUUUUGCCGUCCACAUAUACCGGCAGUCGGAGACCGAUUUCAACGCAUUAUCCAUUUACUUUUCGGGAUGGUGCCGAUGGAUAUCACUUCAACGUUGAUAUGAUAAAUGUGGUCAGUGACGAGGGAACGCACAUGAAAUGCAGCGCAAUGAACUACUACUCCUACCGACUUAUGAUUAGACAGAAUAUAGGUAAUCCCUUUUUGAAAUGACGUCACUUGCUUCAUCACUACAUUGUGGAUAUGCAUGCAAAAAUCGAAAGAGGACGCCUGCUUUUCAUUCGCUUGAAUCAGACCAAGCUGCCCUCUGAAGAAUAUAUUCCUUUGCAUGAUGCAGUUGUAAACAACGGUAAUACAACUAAUGUUGUAAGACUAAAGAUUUUGUUGUCCACAUAAACAGACAGUCCGCGCCAUAUGCUCGGGUACGCUCGAGGUGCAAUUGCAUAUGUUUGUCAGUACGGGGCGUCCAAACCUACUCAUCACAUUCACAUGCAUCCUAGUUUGGGGGAUAUUUAUCAGUUCUUACCUCCUGGGCUACCGCCGGUGAAUAGGUAUGACAUCACAGCACGUGUUUCUAAGAAGAAACUGAUAUCGCUGAUGAACUUCAUGGAGUAACACGAGGCUUUUUGGUCUGUGCGCUGCUGGAUAUAUUUGGCGGAAUGGCAACAGACGGGACUGCCCCACGAACACGUUUGAAUCUAAAUCUAUAACUAGACCACCUCCAACGAAAUCGCCGAGGCAAUAUGCGCUGAAUUACCUGACGCCGACGUCGACAAGGAUUUGCCCGAAGUCGCGGCCAUGAACAUGAUAAAUGAACUUUGCGGUGCCCUGAGUCCCAAUUCUCUCUCCCCCUCAGCCCUCAUCCCGGUAUAAUAGACAGAAAGCGCUCUAAGAGAUAUCCUUGGGCAUUCGUAUACACCACAGUUACCGGUAACGACCGAAGUCCCUUGUACCGAAAACGAUCAACGGAAGACGUCGGCAACUUGGCAACCGUACGAAUUCGAACCGGUGACGUACAAGUCGGUAACCGCUGGGCUGUUUCGUAUUCGAAUUUAUUUUUAAAAGUACACGAAGUUCACAUAAACGUGGAAAACUGCAAUUCCGGGAAAUGAAUUCGGUACAUUUGUAAGUACGUGAGAAAAGGCAGUGACAUGGCUGUUUUUGGCCUGCAACACGAAAGGAGGAGAAGGGAUGUGGACAUCCAACUCAGUGAAAUCGCACAGUGCUGUUCACUUACAGUACGAUUAGUAAAUGGGCAAUGCGUUUACUUUACCGAUGCAAAUGUGCAACAGGCCACCGGCAACACACAUUAACUGCGUUCUUCCCGUUAAGUCAAACUGACGCGUUUGCGAAAACAUGGCCGUAUUCGGAAGUGCCUACGUAUUACACAGGGAAUGCGUGCAGAAUUUUUUUUACGACACAAACGAGAGCGAGUCGACGGACACCUUGGCAUAUUCAAAAGAGCUGCGAUAGGCAGACUACACAGCGUGCAUCUCAAUCAGGACGACUGCUCCUUAUUCCGCAAGCUGUUGGUGAAUGUGUCCGGUUCAACGUCUUUCCAGCAAUUGAAAUCUGUCAACGGCGUUACACACUCCAUUUUCCGUAGUGCAUACCAGGCUCUCAAUUUAUUGGAAAACUACCGGCAGUGUUUCGUGCGACACGUCCCAUCCACAUUGAAUUCCUUCAUUGUUUGCAAUCAUACUGACCGUCCGCUCUGCUUCAUCUCCAACAGAUUUAUGGGAGAAAUAUAAAUCGCACAUGGCUGAGGAUAUCUUCCGUCGACUACGCAAGGAAAAUUCCAAAUGCGGAUUUCACAGCAGGAAUCUACAGCGAGACGUUAAUAGUGAUUGGGGAUACGUGCGUAAGAAAUCGCGAAAAAAGUUCCGAAUCAACCGGGAAUGUCCUCACCAAACCGAUCUUCUGCUAUUUCGUUAGAUGUGGAUUUUCGCCGUGAGCAAAAAAGCGCUCGAGGCCCUGGAUCGAACACUGCAAGAUUUGCGCGGAAACAGCAGACCAUUUGGAGACAUUACCGCUACUGCUUGCAGGAGACUUUAGGCAAACACUGCCCGUAAUUCCUCCAUCGGCAACAGCAGACGAAAUAAAUGCCUGCCUGAAAUACUUUUCUUUGUAGCGCCAAAUCCAGACGGCAAAAUUCACUACAAAUAUGCGUGUCCAGCUGCAAAACCAGCGAUCAGCUGAGGUAUUCUCACAGUAAUCACUGGCAACUGGGAAUGUAACGGUGCCCGCUGAUCCGACUUCAGGAAGGAUUCCCCUACGUCUUAGCCUCGGCAAUUUCGUGUCCUCAAAAGAGGAAUUGGUUGAAAAGGCAUAUCCCACUAUUCAGACCACUUUCAACAAUCACGACUGACUGAGCGAACGAGCUAUUCUUGCGGCCAAAAACAAACACGUGUACCAUCUUAACCAUAUUAUUCAAUCUAAGUUUCAAAGCGAGGCAGUCAUAUAUACGUCCGUCGACACUGUUGUGAAAGUAGACGAUGCAGGUUAAUUAUCCAACAGCGACUUUGAAUUCACCUGAGCCGCAGCAACGCGUGACGGGGCCCAGCUAGUUCCUUAUAAAACUCCGAGCUGCUUUCUGGGACGUCAGCGAUGCCGGCGAAACUAGGACGCUUGUCCAUGGCGCUGUUCUACGCCUGAGAGAGUGAGGGUCUUUGGCAUCGGACUAGGUCAAGGUCGCUCGUGUCCAAUUGGAAAGUGUUUAUGCUAUCUGAGACAUGCGCCACUUGUGCCCAUACCUUGUGCGUUGUCCCGCGCGAGUGGUGUCGACCUUGCCUGUCUGGAAGCACGCGCGUCCUCGCUGAUGUUGGGGCGGGGGUGGGGUCUACAGAGUCUGGGAUACUGUGAGGUGACUUUGAGGCGGCAAAUUUGUGAUGGGGGAGGAGUGACCCCUUGAGUUGUUUGAGGUCCGAGACACAGGUGGACGGAGCGGUGGUGCGGGUCGGUAACAAUGCGGGGAAAAUUCGCCACCACUGUCGGCGUCUGUACCCCUCCAAUGAUGAGCAGCCACAACGUUCAGGGAAAGUCUGCACGCCCUCCUACUGUACGUGCCAAAGGCGGACAAACUAACUGUCCGCAGUCACCUCAAUGCCCCGAAACAGGCACGUACAACGCCAACUCGGACGGUGGUAGUUGAUGGUCAUGAAGCAGGUCACUGCAACGGUAGUAAACUCAUUCUAUUGAUGACCUUUGCCUAACAAUAAUCCCUCGCCACCAACACCAGUUUCAGCUUCCCAAUUGUGCGAAGACAACAUGGAUGCACCUCCAAUCUCAUCAAUGACAAUUGCUGGACUACGUGUUCGUCAAGGAGCUUGACCGUCGUGACGUGCUCGUGACAAAGGCAGAGAGAGUUGUUUGUUGUCUCGAAAAUAAGGCUACAAAUCCAAUCACUAAAGGGGAUCAACGAAACUGACACGACUGGACGCAGUCGAGACUAUAAAACUAAAUGAAUGUCCAUAUGGGUCACGAAGAAAUCCCGAGAACGAACACUUUGGGCACAAAUGGCAGAGACCACGGAUAGCCAACAGGACCGCUGCUACCGAAAUACUCAUAUUCACAAACCAUGGAAGACAGAACUGGUUAAAUGGCCACUACUAUUACUACUACUACUACUACUACUACUACUACUACUACUACUACUACUACUACUACUACUACUACUACUACUACUACGACGACGACGACGACGACGACGACGACGACGACGACGACGACGACGACGGCGACGACGACGACGACGACGACGACGAAGUACAACAAUCGCCAUCUGAGAAAAAUCCGAGUCGCAUGACCAAUCCGAAAAAGAGAUAA